UGCGCCAAUUUUUUAAUCUCGAGUUUGUUUGAAAUUUUUUGUGAAUAGUUUCUAUGCCCUUUUCAAAAACCACAAAACUACUAAUAAAGAUUUAAAACCUUUGCCACACCUUCAUUGGAUGAAAAAUCAACAGCAAGAAUAACCAACUUCAUUGUCUGAAAUGGAUAACAUUUCUAAAAAAUUUUUUCAAGUUUGCGUUAAACAAGAUAAGCUCCUACCACAAGCUCAGGGUGAGUUUAUGGACACCUUCCUAUCCGAGAUUUUCAAAUCGGACAUAAGCCAAGGAGUGUGUACGCCCACUGCUAGUCAGGAGCCUCUCGUAACCAAUGAGGGAGACGUUGAAAGAGCUGGAGAUGACCAGAAUAAGAGCGUAUUCACUAUGAUGGAGGAAUAUGAAAAAUCGUACAAUGAAAAUGAUGAUUAUUUCUUGCCUUACAAAUAUUCAUUGUUGCAGUCGAAACAACUCAAUGCUUGGGAAGAAUCUAUUCUUCAAAGUCAACCAAUGUUUCGACCAAAAAAGAUUGGUGUAACUAAUACUGCUACUUAUACAAUCAAACUUGAAUAUAUUAAGGAUGUAAAAGAAAAUGUUCUAGUAGAGGCACGAUCGGUAGGCAACAUAAAUUGUCAACAAAAAAAGAAUGGCCAAACUAAAACCAGCACUAACGAUCCAAGAAAUCAAAAUAUUAGGGAAAUGAAAGAAAAUGUUUCAAUAGAGGCGAGAUCAGGAGGAAACAAAAGGUCAGUACAAAAAAUGGUUGACGAAACCAUAACUAGCACCAAUCAAUCUGGAAUUGGAAACCCUAAGAAAGCAAAGCAUGUUUCGCUAGAGGAAAAAUCAGGAAGAAACGUAAAAUCCAAACCAAAAAAGUGUUGCAAAACCAGGAAGAGCACUGAUAGGCCUAGAAAUGAAGUUGAUAGCAUCGUCCGAGAUCACUUAUAUUGUAAGAACUACUCCUAUCUCUAACUUACUAGUC